UAACAAUAACUUCCGGAAUUUGCAGCAAAGCCAGUGUGGUGGAGGAAAACUGCCUCAUCCACGCCAGCAUUUCGGAGAUAACCCGAGGAGUUGCUAGACUCCCCGAGCGCAAGGCUUGCACCGUGGCUCUUUCAGAAGUGGCAUGUUCCAGGGAUAGUUCGGGCACAAUUGAACUCCUGCUUUCACCCAAAGAGGAUUCAAUGAAAAUGUCCGUGUGCGUCCAUGAGAACCGAAAAUCGAGAGCCAGCACUGGCUCUAUGAACAUCUACCUGUUCCACAAGUCCUCCUAUGCCGACAGUGUCCUCAUGCACCUCAACUCAUUGCGGCAGCAAAGGCUUUUCACAGACGUCCUGCUUCACGCCGGCAGCCGCUCCUUCCCCUGCCAUCGCGCCGUGCUGGCCGCCUGCAGCCGCUACUUCGAGGCCAUGUUCAGUGGCGGGCUGAGGGAGAGCCAGGCCAGCGAGGUCGACUUCCAUGACUCCAUCCACCCGGAGGUUUUGGAGCUCCUGCUGGAUUACGCAUACUCGUCACGCGUGGUCAUCAACGAGGAGAACGCAGAGUCGCUACUGGAAGCAGGGGACAUGUUGGAGUUUCAGGACAUCCGUGAUGCCUGUGCUGAAUUCCUAGAGAGAAACCUUCACCCUUCUAACUGUCUUGGCAUGCUGUUGCUGUCCGACGCCCACCAGUGCACCAAGCUGUCAGAGCUCUCCUGGGGCAUGUGCCUCAGCAAUUUCCCUGCUAUUUGCAAGACAGAGGACUUCCUCCAACUGCCCAAAGAUAUGGUGGUGCAGCUUUUGUCGCAUGAGGAGCUAGAGACGGAAGAUGAGAGACUGGUUUAUGAAGCUGCCCUUAACUGGAUCAAUUAUGACCUGGAAAGGAGGCAUUGCCACCUUCCAGAGCUUCUGAGAACGGUCCGCCUCGCCCUGCUACCUGCCAUCUUUCUGAUGGAGAAUGUCUCGACAGAAGAGCUGAUCAACGCCCAGGCCAAGAGCAAGGAACUGGUGGAUGAAGCCAUCCGCUGUAAGCUGAAAAUCCUGCAGAAUGACGGCGUUGUUAACAGCCCGUGUGCUCGACCAAGAAAAACCAGCCAUGCCCUCUUUCUUCUGGGAGGGCAGACUUUCAUGUGUGACAAGUUGUACCUGGUGGACCAGAAGGCCAAAGAGAUCAUCCCCAAAGCUGACAUCCCAAGCCCCAGGAAGGAGUUCAGCGCCUGCGCCAUCGGCUGCAAGGUGUACAUCACUGGUGGGAGAGGCUCAGAGAACGGUGUGUCCAAAGAUGUAUGGGUGUACGACACCGUCCACGAAGAAUGGUCCAAAGCAGCUCCCAUGCUCAUCGCCAGGUUUGGCCAUGGCUCUGCGGAGCUGAAACACUGCCUCUACGUGGUAGGCGGUCACACUGCAGCAACUGGCUGCCUCCCGGCUUCUCCAUCAGUGUCACUCAAACAGGUGGAGCAGUUUGACCCAGUGGCAAACAAGUGGACCAUGGUGGCUCCUUUGAGAGAAGGUGUGAGCAAUGCAGCAGUGGUCAGCGUCAAGCUCAAGCUGUUUGCCUUUGGAGGAACCAGCGUCACCCACGACAAGCUGCCCAAGGUGCAGUGCUACGAUCCGCAGGAGAAUCGAUGGACUGUGCCUGCGUCCUGCCCGCAACCAUGGCGCUACACAGCCGCUGCCGUGCUGGGAAACCAGAUCUUUGUCAUGGGUGGGGAUACAGAGUUCUCAGCAUGUUCGGCUUACAAGUUCAGCAGCGAGAGCUACCAGUGGACUAAAGUGGGCGAUGUGACAGCCAAGCGGAUGAGCUGCCAGGCUGUAGCAUCGGGGAACAAACUGUAUGUGGUGGGUGGAUACUUUGGCACACAGCGGUGUAAAACUCUGGACUGCUAUGACCCCACGCUGGAUGCAUGGAACAGCAUCACUACUGUGCCAUACUCGCUCAUUCCCACUGCUUUUGUCAGCACCUGGAAGCAUCUGCCUGCCUGAGCACCAGACCCUCUACCCACACCGUUUUCAUGAGAUUUCCAUGUUUUGCAUCAUCUACUGGACUCCAACUGUGAAGAAGCACACAUUCUCUUCCUCUAAAAGAGACACUGAGCAAUGAUGUACAGACGCCCCACAUUCAUUUCGAUGUUGCAACGAUGCAGAACCAGAGACACGCACAGGUGGACACUUUACCGGAUGUCAUCUCUUGUGUCUGGGAAGGAGGCUAACACGUACAGCACAGUAACUCACGCAAACAAACAAAACAAACGGCUGCUUGUUAUGCGAGGACAAAAAUUCCAUCCUUGCCUGCAUCUAGCGUAUCAGGCACAUCAUGCUGUGUUAUGAGGACUGCAAAAAUAUUACACAACCUGCAUUUUAUCCCAUUUAGUCAUGAGAGGCUUGUGAGGAUCUUUAUUGAUGUUUUUCUCUAUGGUAAAAAAAAAAAAAGAAGAAAAAAUACUCUUUUCAUGGAGACUGCAAUGUUUAGCAUGAUGAAUGUUCUAUUUAGAUUGAGGGAGGGAGAAUGCAAUGAUUGGUGUGCUAAAGAACAGAAAGCAACUCAGUUUGACUGAAUACAGCUGAUAUAUAACAGGCACAAUGAAGGAGCAAAUCUCCCCCUUCUAUCCUCUAAUAAGCUCUUUAGUUUGACCCCUUGUAUGUUUUUUUUUCCUUCUUCUUUUAAAGGCGUGCUUCUAACAGCUCAGACACAGAAACAAACCUUUGAGUGUUCCUCUUGUGAAGGCUUUGGCAGUUAGCUGUCACUGUAUGCCACGAGGUGUUGAUGACCAACACCAGCUGAGGGUGAGGAGGAUGGAGG